AUGGCGCAACUUCAAUCAUUGGCAAAUGAAUUACUACUUGAUUUAUUUGAAUAUUUUGAUACUGCUAAUCUUCUUCAAGCCUUUAAUGGGUUAAAUUCUCGUUUUAAUGAAUUACUUUACUUUCAUUUUCGAUUUCAUCAACUUGAUUUAAAGUCUGUAUCGAAAGAAAUUUUCGAUAGUAUUUCUGAGAAACUUCUUCCAUUAAUUAUUAAUCAAAUUAUUUCGCUUCGUCUUUCAUCUGAUGAAACACCUGGUUUACCUGAACUUCUUCUAUCUCGUGGUUUUACUCUCAAUCGAUUUAUUUGUUUACAAUACCUUUCAUUAUAUAAUAUUAAUCGUCUUGAUACAUUAUACAAAAUAAUAAAUCAAUGUCGAUCUCUUUCUCAUCUUACUCAUCUUAAUAUAAUUAAGCAUGAUGAUGAAGAAAGACAAGAAAACAUUGCGGACUUGCUGAAUAACAUUUGGAGUUUGCCAACACUUACAUAUUGUAAUUUAAAUGGUAUUCAGACAGAUGAAAUAUGGCUGUUGAGCAUCUCAGUAAUUUCACCGUCUAUCGAAUAUCUUUCCAUUGAGAAUAUUCCGUGUAAUUUACACUCUUUAUCUCAUCUGUUCAAAUUUACACCUCGUCUAGAACGACUUUGUACAACUCUGUAUUCUUAUUCCAUAAAUGAUCAUUUAACCAGUAUUAUCCCAUUGAUGAAAUCAAUAAAACUUUGUUUUGGAGGCAGAUUUCAAUCGAUGAGUAAUCUAUUAGAAAAUAUGCCUAAUCUAUCUUGUUUAAUAAUUACAACAUUACAAGUUUAUUUGGAUGGUAAUACAUGGCAAAAAUAUAUUUCUACUUAUUUACCUAAGAUAAAAAUAUUUCAAUUAAAAAUGGAAUUAGAAUUUCGAGAGAAUAAUGAUACCAUUGAAGAAGUUAUUGAUAAAUUACUUGUAUCAUUUCGAACUCCAUUUUGGUUGCAAGAACAUCAAUGGUAUGUUCGAUGUCAUUGGAAUCCAUCAGAUCCAUAUAAAUGGGUUACACUUUAUACAUUACCUUAUCAUUUUGAUACAUUUGAUUAUUCAAAUAAAUCAUGUACUAAAUCAACCUGUUAUGAUGAAAGUCAACAUUGGUCAUAUGAUCUUGUAGAAAUUUAUGGGCAUGGAAGUGUUGAAAAUAAUUUAUUAGAUAGUUUUAGUCUUAUACGUGCUCGUUUUCGUAAUAUACAUCAUCUACAAAUAAAUCUUUCAAUUGAUGAUACAUUUUGGUUACGUUUUCCAUCAUUAAAUUGCUUAACAUCACUUCAUGUAUAUAUUUAUAAAUAUUGUGGAUAUUAUCAAUUACAAACAUUAUUUGAUCAAGCACCUUGUCUUUAUUCAUUAAAACUUCAAUCAUUUGUUGAUUCAUCUAUUAAAUUAUUUGAAUUAAGAAGUAAAUCUAUUAGACGAAUUGAUUUAGUUAAUGAUUUAUUUGAUCGAUCAAUAUAUUAUACAAGAGAAAAUUGUUUUACAUUAAUAAAUUCAAUACUUGGAAAUCAAUGUGAAAUUCUUUCAAUUUGUAUUAAAUAUCGAAAGAAUAUUCUUGAUCUUAUUCAACAUAUGUCAAAUCUUCGAUUAUUAAUUUUUCAAUGUGAAGAUGAUAAAGAAUAUUUUCGAAAUUUUUCAUCUUCAAAAAAUGAACUUGUUCAAUGGUUAGAAUCUUGUUUAUCAUCAACACACAUUAUUACAAGACAUCCAAGACAACGAUUUCUUAUACGUGUUUGGAUCAAUCGAGAAACGAAAAAUAUACUUCCAUUGAAUAGUUAUAUGUUGAAAACGAAACAGAGAAAUAGACUAUCUCACGUUUUAACAUCAUUUCGACAAUAUUUUAAUAAGAUGCUGACAGAUUGA